AUGAGUUCUUAAUCAAUUUCAUCUUCAGAUUUAUCAGAUUCAGAUGAAAUGACUUUCAUAAAAAGUGAUUAAGAAAGAAUAUUAAAAAAUUCAAACAUAUUAAAGAAUGAUAAUAAUGAAAGCAAGAGUUGUUAAAGGCAUCCAAAUAAAAAAGCAAAAUUUUAUGUCUAACAAAAUAGUGGUUAAUUGUUUUGUUCAAAAUGUGCUUUAAAUUUAGCGUUAUAAGGCCUUUAGAUAGAAGAAACAUAAGAGGGAGAGUUGGAAAUGUAAAGGAAAGAUAAAAUCAAUAAUUUUUAGAAAGAUUUACAUCAGGCUCUUUAAUAAUGUGAAUAACAAUUAGUUAACUUGAAUGAUACUAGAGAUAAAUUAAUAAGAUAAUGGGAAGAAUAGAAUAUUAAUUGUGAAGAAUUUUUUAAUGUGGUUCAAAAGACAAUUAAUUAGUUAAGGUAAACAUACUAGCAGAAAUUCCAAAAUGACUAUACAAGUUCUUAAAAUCAAGUUUAGGAGUAAGUAGAGAAUAUAAAGCAAUUAAUAUAAUAGUUGAAACAAUUUUCCAUUGAUAUUUUUACAAAUCAUGAUAACAUAGUUAAAAAAAUGGAAAUGAAACCUUUUGAUGAGAUUAUGCUAAAAUAUUAAAAAAAAGUAGAUGAAGUAAAUUGUCAAUUAUUUAAUAAUCAAUAUUAAGUAUCUUUAAAGUAACUAAAUAUUGAUUAAAAUUAAAUUCUAACUUUUAUGAAUAAAAUGUGUUAUAAUUUGCUACUUAAAAAUGAUACCUUUGAAUAUCAUUAAAAAACUAUGACUAGUUAACAAAAUUUUGAAUGUAAUUUAUCUAAUAAUUAAAAAUAUCUUGAGUUAAUUGAAAAUGAGGAAAUUCACAAUCCUAUCUCUACUAUGAAUAAUAUGCAAUUGCAAUCUCCAAUUCGUUCAUAAUUUAGUAAGUUUGAUUCUAUAAAUUCAAAUCCUGUCAGAAGUAAUGCAAACACACCUGAAAGCUGGAAAUAAAAGCCAAGUUUGAGAAGAGAUAACAUAACACCAAGCGAUAAAAUCUCGUAUUAAAAUAGUUCUCGUGUUUUGGAGUAGGUUAGUUCAAAAAAAGCCCUACAAAAAUAAUUAAUUGAUAAAUACUCUUAUUAAUAUAAUGAAAAAUAGAAAACUACAACUGAUUAUGAAAGAAUAAGUGAAAAAUCUUGUUCAAUAUUAAAUAACAAUCUAAGUUGUUUUCAAAUAUAAAAAUUUCUAAAAGAAGCUGAAAGAGGCAGUCUUGAAGACAGAUAAUUAACUCCAAAAUAAAAAGUGAUUCCUGCUAGUAAAUCGAUUAUUUAUAGUCAAAACUACAAUAAUUAAAUUAAAAAUAAUUCGAAUUAAAGAUCUUAGUAAAAUUUGAUAUAAAAUUAUAUCCAUAAGUAAUAAUAUGGUUCAGUUCCGAAUUUAAAAUAAGCUUCUCAAUAGUAAUAACAGAGCGACCCUGUAUAAUUCCAUCGACACCAGGAAGGACAUUUAAGGUCUAAAUCAAAAUAAAUUAAACCUUAAUCAAUUGAAUAGGAUAGUAAAAGACAAUUUAUUAUGAAUGCUGGAGUCAAUUCAGUAACAUUGCUUUAAAAUGAAGACACCUUAAAAGAUAAAAUAUUAAAAGAAUUAUGUAGUCAUCCAACUGAAUCCAUUUAUGGUCAAGUAUUAAAAAAUCAUCAAUAAAAACUAAAAAAUUAUAGACCAACAAGCAAAGAAAAUAUUGAAUGGACUUCUUAGAAAAAUAGAACAAUAGGAUAAAAUACAAAUAAGAAAUUAUUAUGA